CCGAGUACCAAUGAUUAGCGUACCUACUCGAAAAUAUAUGCUAUGCAUUUCGUAUCUUGGUCCGCAACCACAUUUACUGAAAUCAACACGGCAGUAUCUUGGUUACGACCGCAAGUUCAUCAAAAUUAAAUUCUGACCGACUUACAAUUCCUCAAAAACGAGCAAGAGUAUACUUGAGGUUAAAAAGUGGCUGCUUCGCGAGUGAUGUUUAGCGCUUUGUUAUAGCACCAUGGGGUCAAUGCCAGAAGCCAACGUCGACGUUGAUGUGCUCAUCGUUGGUGGCGGCCCUGUCGGGCUUAACCUGGCAUAUCAAUUGCGUCGAUUUUCAAUCGGGUCAGGAGCGAAGCCCAUAUCAGUCCACAUCAUCGAGGCGCUUCCCAAACCUAAACAAGAGACGUUUGGCCGCGCAGUCACAUUCUGGCCUCGCUCAGUCGAACUUCUAGCCCAGCUUGGCCUCGCGCCUCAGCUUCUACAAAAGUGCUUUGCGGUGCGAUCAUCUGCUUCGUACGAUGGCAAUGGAAACGAGGUGUUCAAUCGUGGAUGGAGUUUUCUUGAGGGUAUAUCCGAUACACGCUAUCGAUUCGCCACUGUGCUGAGACAGAAGUACGUCGAGGAUCUCUUUCGUGCAAAAAUUCAACAGUUGGGGGUUACUGUAAUGGAGAAUCAUAGGUUUGUUGACCUUAAGGUGAUUGAUAGCGUGCCUGUUGGUGGAAUGGGUCGAGUCAAAGCGCGAAUCGUGGUCAAAGACGAUCACAUUGAAAGGGAAUACGAGUACUCGGUUCGCUGUCGCUAUCUCAUUGGUUGUGAUGGCUCCCGAACAACGGUUCGGAAGGCUGCAGGAAUUGAUUCAGAGGGAAGCAGGACGGAAGACAAGUGGGUACGAGUUGAUGGGGUCUUGAAGUCUACGACUAUGCCAAAACCAACGUCUUAUGGUUCACUAGAGAGUCCAAUUUAUGGAAAUGUUCUCUGGAUACCUCUGGACCAUGGAGCCACACGUAUUGGCUUCUGUCUCAAGGAGGAGAGGCGAAAACUGUAUGGAAGUAACGUCGGGGACCGCGAAGUAUUCAUCAGGGAGGCCGAGCUAUCCGUUGCACCAUUUAAAAUUGAGUUUGAACGCGUGGAUUGGGCAAGCGUCUACAGCGUUGGGCAGCGAUUGGCCUGCAGCUUCUGGGCCAAAGAAUCGGUCUUCCUUGCGGGAGAUGCUGCGCAUAGCCACUCCAGUGGUGCUGGACAGGGAAUGAAUACCGGAGUACAAGACGCUGUCAAUCUUGGUUGGAAACUGGCCAUGGUGCUAACCGGAACGCUGAAGCGUGAGGUGUUGAGCACGUACAACGAUGAGAGGUGGCGCAAUGCGGACAGACUCAUUAAAUAUGAUAAGGAUAUCAGCUCACUUAUUGGCGGGCGACUGCCGGUGGGAUGGACAGGAUCUAAGGACCCCAACGUGGCGCUCGCUGAGAUCUUCAAAGAAGCAACGGGCUUCAACACGGGCUUGACGAUUGGAUACGAUCCAAACAUUGCUAUAUGGAGAGAUGACAGGGAGUCCGAGCUUGGACGACAUGGACAGAAAUCCGCACAUACAUCAACCUCUGUUAUUCCUGCUCCAGCUAUCCCAGGGUACCGCGCCCCUGAUGUGCAGCUUCUGCUCCCAGCGUUACGACAGCCAUGUUGGCUUCAUGAUUUGACCCCGAACGUCGCUCGCUUCUUCAUUCUGACCUUUCUUGGAAGCAUUGCAGAAUCCAAUCUUGUCCGUUAUCGCUCUUUCAAGUCGGCGCUCCAGCUUAAUUCAAAGCUCGACCUUAGUGCGCAGGCAGAACUGGGUCGCAACGUUGAUAUCGAGCAAUGCAUUCGUGGUUCUUGUGCUGAAUACUGGCCCGUGUGUUGUAUCACUGUGCUCCCUUAUGAAGUUGAUAAUGCAUGGACUGCACUUGGAACUGAUCCUAUAGGAAGUGUGUAUCAUGAUACAAUUGACCGAGGAGCUGCUCGUCGUUGGGGCGUGGAUGAUGAUUCAGGUGCCGUUUUUAUUUUGCGCCCAGAUGGAUUCAUAGGGGCAUCAUUCUCGCUCCAUACUGAGACUGCUAUAUCGGUUGCACACUACUUAGAAGGACUUUUCACUUGAUACUGUGUGCGUUUAUUAGGUUAGCUAAAACGAAUCAUCAAGUGCGUCUAUCUCUCGAAAUACUGAGUCAGUG